AUGGCAGCCGACCAUGCAAGGCCAAUUGUGCCUCCCAAACAGUUGAAAACUGACUAUCCCGUCUAUUCAGACCCGUACGGAUACUCCGAACCUUCUGCCCUUCUGUUUUUGGCUCCUAUUGCGCCUCAUGUGCGCCGCGUGUUUGGCUAUGCCCGAACAUCCGAUUACAUUAUGGGAGCUGGUGUUAGCGUUGUGAGCCCAUUGCUUUUCGGCAUCAUGGAUCGAGUACAGCCCGCUGCAUCAGGUGCUAUCAAUUUUGCCCGGUACCGAUUUUACGGACUCACGGAGAACUCUCGGGAGGAGGAGAUGGACAUGCGUGAGAUGGUUGACAAGAUCAAGAAAGGAGAGCCACUAUACGGGACCUCGGUCCUGUCACCAUACAUGCAAGGUGUUGCUGCGCGGAAUUCCAGAUACACGUCCCUUUUCAUUCAUGUGAUUCCUUGGUUCAACGUGGUCAAUCACAACCAGCAUGGUGUUGACACGGCAAAAUAUUAUCGUCAAGCCGAACGAGAGCUAGAAGCUGAACGUGUAAAAUUGAUGAGGAGUCAAUAG